CGUCGUCGGAUGCCAAACGGACGGCAUCAGCAAGCGACGUGCCCGACUGAAUCACUGCAGAGAACCACCUGGUUCCGGUCAUGAGACUCCACGCCUUCUGGGCUCUGGCCUUCACCUCUCUCUCUGUUGGCCUCUCCUUCCUAGCGGCGAUCACAGGGCGAGCGGCGCUGCCCUCGGCCGGGUCAGGUCUUCGUCGGGCGCUUCGCCGGCGACAAGCAUCCGCCAGUUUAACUGAUCGUUCAAGCUCCGGAACAUGUUCAAGAAUACAUUUCAGUCUGGGUUCUUGUCAAUUCUUUAUAGCCUUGGGACCAAACCAUUGCAGAUAUGGGACAAGGAAGUUGUGAAUGGGCACAUUAAACGACCUCAGGAUGAAGAUAUCCAGUCUAAUGUACUUGAAAUCAUUGGAACAAAUGUACAGUCAACUUACAUCACAUGCCCAGCUGAUCCUUCUGCUACUCUUGGAAUCAAGCUUCCGUUUCUGGCGAUUAUUGUGAAAAAUCUUAAGAAAUACUUCGCAUUUGAGAUCCAAGUUCUGGAUGAUAAGAAUGUCCGACGGCGAUUUCGGGCAUCAAAUUUUCAAUCCGUUACAAGGGUAAAGCCAUAUAUCUGCACAAUGCCACUGAAGCUUGAUGAUGGCUGGAACAACAUUCAGCUGAACCUCGCUGAUCUUACAAAGAGAGCAUACGGCACAAAUUACGUCGAGACACUCCGGGUGCAAGUUCAUGCAAACUGUCGACUUCGCAGAAUUUAUUUCUCCGAUCGCCUGUAUUCGGAGGAGGAGCUGCCACCUGAAUUCAAGCUCUACCUUCCAAUCCAAAAAUCAUAGGGAUCAGAGCAAGCAUGGAGAAACUUUGGCCACCAGGAGCCGUGCCACAUAUCAAUGUGAUGAUCGCCAGCACAAAGCUGCGCAUUUGCCUUCCUGAGACCAAGAAAAGUAUCAGAAUGUUUUUGUUAGUCUUCUGAAUGGUGUCUGCCGGAUGACUAUGAUCUUUUGUUCAGAGCAAGAUGACUGGUUGGGCACUUACCCAGUGACCUUUGUCUAUGUGACUUGAAAUGCCAAUGGAAAACCUUUAGCUACUGGUCCUUCUGGUCCAGAGCAAAACCUACCGUUACUGGCUGCUGCCCGGCCAUUUAACGUGCCUCUUCCAGUGUAGUACUAUCUCUAUGAUGAUAGUGUCAUGUGACCA